GUGAGCAGAAUGAGAGCUGUGUUGCUAUUGUCAUCUUUAUCUUUGUGGCCAUAUGAGGACUCCUGGCUCAAGGUCUGUGCUCAAUCUCUGCUGAGGUUCCUAGGCUUCAUCUUUUGGGGUGCUGCAGCAGCUCUGGCCUUUGGUGGAGUUGUUGUGAUCCUGAUGUACAAGAACUACGGAGACUUAUUUCAGGAAUGUUUGUUUUCUCUCCCUGGCUGGUUGGCUGUUGCAGCUGCACUUAACUUGCUACCUACUGGAAUUUUGACCAUCUUGAUUUCUGCUAAGAGGUCCCGCUAUUAUCAAGGGGCUCUCGUGUACUUGCUGCUGGUCCUUUUUUGCCUGGAAAUGUCUUCAGCAGUUCUGGUACGGUUCUACUCUCUUCGGGUGGCUUCUGAGAUGAAAAGCACUAUGGGUUACCUUGUCUAUCAGUACAGUGGGACAUAUUCCCAAGGCCAUGAGUUACAGAGGAAGCUGCAGUGUUGUGGGGUUCAAAACUACACAGACUGGCUACAGGCAACAGUUGCUUCUUGGCAUCUGCAAGCUGAAAAACCUCAUGUUCCUGAAAGCUGCUGUGAGGUGAAGUAUUCUCACUGCAGGGGUGACUUAGGCCAUCUGGAGCGGAUUUUUCAGGAAGGCUGUCUACAGAAGCUGGAAGACUGGUUGCAUUUUGUCAUGUUCUACAUGUUUUCGUGCUGUACUGUGCUAAGUGUCUUAGAGUUGUUGGCUGGUGUCAGCAAUGGCAUUCUCAUGAGGCAUCAGUCUUUCCACGACCAUGCAAUUCUGGAAUAAUUUCUUUUCUCAUAGGCCUGCAGACACCGGCAGCAUUGCUGAACGUGCUGCAUGUUUCCUUGGUUUUGUACCACUCUGCAGUUGUACUGGAAGAAUUUUUGUUUGUUUUUGUUUGUUUGUUUUUUUACAUUAUGUAUGGUUGCAUGUAAAUUAACCUAAUUGAUCACUGCUAUAUUUAAAAAAAAAGUUACAGUAUUAGAUCUAUUUUCCUCCAGUUUUUUUUUUUUUUUUUAAUAAGAAUCCUGUAUCUGAAAAUCUCAAAUGCUGGAAUUUGCAACAGGAAGGGAAUGGUCUUUAGCAUGUGCAAACAU